UACAAACACUCCUCGAGGAUUCAAUCUCGAAUGAUAUAAAGAUGGGAAAAGUUCGAAUCUUGUUUCAUCUUUGUCUUUUCCAGAUUCUUCUCAAAGAAUGUAGCAGUAGUAUAAGCCUGGAUGCUGUAGUGGUACCAACCUACAAGCUAAGGGGGGAUAAUGCUACACUUCUUUGCAAUUACCGAACUAAACCUAUGUCACUGUACAGUUUAAAGUGGUAUAAGGAUGAACAGGAGUUCUACAGAUUUGAACCUUGGAAUAUCAACAGACAGGAACAGAGUUUUCCAGUAAAGGGAAUCACAGUCGACAUGGGUGAGAGUGAGCCGUCUAAAAUCCGUUUACGAAAAGUAAACUUUAUGUCGAGCGGAAUCUACAGAUGCGAGAUUACUUCGAAAGAUUUCGAGAUUUAUGAGAAGUAUGAACAAAUGACCGUUAUAGAGCUUCCUAAGAAGGCUCCAACAAUUACUACGAUCAACGGAAUAAAGCAGUACGAGGUUGGUGACAUGCUUCAGUUGAACUGUACAUCAGAGCCCUCAAACCCCGCAGCAGACUUGAAAUGGGAAAUAAAUAAGGAACUGGUUCCAGAUCAGCACUACAUCUUCAACGAGCAGAUUGUGCACGGGAGGGAAGGGAAACUGUAUGUGAGCAGGAUAGGUCUUCAGAUUAGGCUUAGUCCAAACCAUUUCCAUUGGGGGAAACUCAAGGUUGCCUGUAUUGGUGAGAUUAAGGCAGUAUUCUGGGCCCGUGGUGUAGAGAAUAUAUAUAUAGAGCAACCAAUUGAACAGUAUAAAGUUCUAGAGUCAAGCGAAGGAUACUGGAUUGCAAACAGUGGAGAGAAGCUAAGGUGUAUUCUACUGAUUCCUGCAUUUUUAUAUUCAAUCUUUUUGAAGAUUUAAUUUUCAUUCUUUAUUGUUCAGACCCAUAUAGUUUCCUAUUCAAUCAUAUACGUUUCGGUCCCUAACCAUAUCCUUUCCUGUUCGUAACCAUAUCCUUCCCUGUUCCUAACCAUAUCCUUUCCUGUUCGUAACCAUAUCCUUUCCUAUUCCUGAUUAUAUCCUUUCCUUUCCUAACCAUAUCCUUUCCUGUUUCUAACCAUAUCCUUUCCUGUUCCUAACCAUAUCCUUCCCUGUUCCUAACCAUAUCCAUAUCCUUCCCUGUUCCUAAUCAUAUCCUUUCCUGUUCCUAACAGUAUCCUUUCCUGUUCCUAACCAUAUCAUUUCCUGUUCAUAACCAUAUCCUUUCCUGUUCUUAACCAUAUCCUUCCCUGUUCAUAACCAUAUCCUUCCCUGUUCCUAACCAUAUCCUUUCCUGUUCUUAACCAUAUCUUUCCCUGUUCCUAACCAUAUCCAUGUCCUUCCCUGUACCUAACCAUAUCCUUCCCUGUUUCUAACCAUAUCUUUUCCUGUUCAUAGCCAUAUCCAUAUCCUUCCCUGUUCCAAACUUACCGAUUGAUCAUAAUUAUUCGCCCCCCCCCUCCUCCCCUUUUUAUACAGUGAUAUACGGAAGUUUCAAUUUAGAUGAUUUUUUUAAUGAAUUAUUUUACCACCAUUUGACAAACAUUACCGACCCAUAAUCCCCCGGAUUUAAUACUAAGGCGGGAUAUUAUUAUAAUUUAUUGUUCCAUUGGAUGUUUUGAAUUCCAAGGGUGAUAAAAUUAUUCAGCUUUUUUUUGGGACAGAUAUAAAAUUUAUAAAUGCCACGAACUGCUUUAUCUUACUCAAUUUUAUAUUCACGAAUGUAAAUAAAUGUAAAAAUUAAACAAA